UUUCAUUCUAUUUUUUUUUUUUUUUUUAGAAUUAAAUUCUUGUAUUUAUUAUGACUUCUUUUUAUAUAAAAAAAGGAAUAACAUUCUCUUCUAUUGUUUAUAAUCAUAAUUAUAAAUUUUAUCCAGUAUUAUCAAUGGACAAUAUUCGAGGUAAAGAAAAAAUUUUAAUUGCAGAUGAUGAAUCAAGUAUUAGACGUAUACUAGAAACACGUCUAUCUAUAAUUGGAUAUGAAGUACUGACUGCACCUGAUGGUGAAUCUGCUUUAUUUUUAUUUCAUAAAGAACAUCCAAAUCUUGUAGUUUUAGAUGUUAUGAUGCCUAAAAUAGAUGGAUAUGGAGUUUGUCAAGAAAUUCGUAAAGAAUCUGAUAUACCAAUAAUUAUGUUAACAGCACUUGGAGAUGUAACUGAUCGAAUUACUGGUUUAGAAUUAGGAGCAGAUGAUUAUGUAGUUAAACCUUUUUCACCUAAGGAAUUAGAAGCUCGUAUUAGAUGCGUAUUAAGACGAGUUGAUAAAUUUUAUUUUUCUAACACAUUUACUAAUUCAGGCAUAUUUAAUAUCGGGUUUUUAAAAAUUGAUAUUAAUCGUAAACAGGUUUAUAAAAAUGAAGAAAGAAUACGAUUAACAGGUAUGGAAUUUAAUUUACUCGAAUUACUAAUUAGUAAUUCAGGAGAACCAUUAUCUAGAACAGCUAUUUUAGAAGAAGUUUGGGGAUAUACUCCUGAAAGACAUUUAGAUACUAGAGUUGUAGAUGUACAUAUCUCAAGGCUUAGAGCGAAGUUAGAAGAUGACCCUAGCAAUCCAGAAUUGAUUUUAACCUCAAGAGGUACAGGAUAUUUAUUCCAACGUAUAAUAGAAAUUAAUAAAAAUUAUAAUCCACUUAUUCAAUUACAAAGGAUUUAAAUUAUUAAUUUACAUUAACAAACUUACUGAAGUUAAAAAUUUUUAUUUUUGAAAUUAUAAUAAAUUAUGUAUGAACUAUUAAAUUUUUAAGAAAAGUAAAACUUUUUAUUAUUUUUUAAUAUUUAUUAUUAAACAAUUUAUAUAGAAUUUUGAUUAAAUUAUAUUUUUUAAAU